AUGCUUUUUGGAAUUAGAGAUAGCUACUUCGCUAUAGAAGUGGGUCGACAGGACAGUUUCAUUGGCGCAGAUAUGGCAGAAGGUUUCUCAGACAAACUGUUUUCUGUGUGUGAUACUGCCAGUAAAGAAAUCAGAAGAAAAAGAAGAGAUCGCAAAUGUCCUCACUCUGCCCCACGAAAGAUAUUCGAACCCAAAGACAGGAGGCAAGAAGAAGAAGAUACACACAGUUUUUUUUGGGGCAGUCUUUCUUCUACUGCUGCAACUGAAAAGCGAGAAAAUAAUAAGAAAACAUGCAGUAAUGUUGACAAAAGUGGUCGUGGCAGGUUGCCUUCAAAAUAUAAGAACUUAGGUGCUACUCAGUGUUUUGGUACCAAUGUAAAACACUCGGGAAGUAAUUGUCAUUUAUUAUCAGAUGACAGCAAACAAAAGGAAAAUACUGUUCAGUGGAGUUCCCGUGAUCGGCUCAAUAAUUCAACAAAAGCUAGUUUUGAAACCGAUGCACAACAUUUCGAUGAGAAAUCUGUCACUGCAGGAGGUGUAUACAAAACGGGCAUUCACAGACAUUGUAUUGAUGAAACUAGUUCUAGAUUUGUUAGGAACAGAUCAUGGUUUGAAGACAAGCAGAAGUCUUUUACCUCAAUUAAAGGGACUGGAUAUAAGUUUCUGGAAAAUCUUAUUGAUAAAGAUCCAAUAGAUGUUGUUGUAAAAUUAGCAAGCUCUAAAACUGGGUUUGAUGAAAUGUUAAAAAAGAAAAUGAGCCCUGAUUUAAUACACCUUACGUUAAGAAUCCUCGCAGAAAAAGUCUGUGCAGCUGGGUUUCAACACAACAAAACAACUGUUUUGAUUAUAACGUGCCAGCCAUAUUUUUUAAACCAGCUUGAAGGACAAAUCAAUAAAAUUCCAACCGAACAGCAGUCAAGGAAAUCGAAAAUAUUGCCAUUCUUAGAAAAUCUUCUAAUAUUUUAUGAAACAGUUCUUAAUGUACUCCCACAAACUGCAUGUGAAAAAUUUAAUAAUCUGUUUAUUAUGACAGAACUGUCCAUAGAAGGAGCUAAGAGAUACCAAAACAUAAACUGUGAUGACAUUAAGAAGAAGCUUGAAGAUGUUAUUGCCCAGCUAAAAAGCAAGAGAGAAGAAUAUGAACAUAGUACAAUAAAAGCAAGUAGCAAAAUGGAGCAGCUCCAAUAUUUGCAGCCCCCUGAUAAUUUUAGACACUAUAGUAUAUUCCCAACUGUUGAAGAUUUUGCCAACAAACCGUUUUUGCGACCUAGCAUCGUCAAAGGGGCAUAUAUUGAUGUUGAACAUUACCUAGAUGUUCAGUUCCGCUUGUUGCGGGAAGACUUUGUGGGUCCUUUACGUGAGGGUAUAACACAAUAUAUGGAACAUUGUCUUCAGGGCCAGAAAAGAUUUAAGAAGAUUGACAAUGUGCGAAUAUAUCGUGAUGCUCAAUUUGUGAACACUGUAACUGUUAAAGAAAAAGUAGGUGUGUUAUUAAAUUUUGAUACCAAAAGGAAGCUGAAAAAUAUUCAUUGGGAACAUUCCAAACGUUUUAUGUUUGGUUCUUUGUUGUGUUUUACACGAGAUAAUUUUGGUACCUUCUUUUUUGGUACAGUACUGGACAGGGAUAAGAAACAGCUAGAGAAGGGUUGCGUUGUGGUUGAACUUUGUGAUGAAGUAGACUCAGACAUGUUCUAUCAAUUUUUUACAGUAGCAGAAAGUGAAGUUUACUUUGAACCAUACAGGCAGGUAUUAAAUGCAUUGCAGACUAUGCCACUUACAGAAUUUCCAAUGAAGCCUUAUAUUGUUGAUGGGAUUACGGAAGUGAGUCUACCCCAGUAUAUAUAUCCAAAUCCAGAUUCAGCAGUGUACAACAUUGAUGACUUCAGAGUGCCUGUUACUAAAAUGGAUGCUUGGCCUACAGUAGAUGAGCUGAAUUUGGAUGUUUCACAGUAUAAGUCAUUCAAAUCUGCUUUGACAAAGGAGUUUGUUAUAAUACAGGGACCACCAGGAACAGGCAAAACUUUCCUGGGAUUGAAGAUAAUGCAUACUUUUCUCAACAACCAAAACAUAUGGAACAUUAACCAUAGACCUAUUCUUGUAGUUUGCUACACUAACCAUGCCCUGGAUCAAGUCCUGGAAGGCACUUUACAACAUACAACAAGAAUAGUUCGAAUUGGUGGUCAAUCACAGUCGAAAGCUCUAGAGCCCUAUAAUCUGAAAGAAAUUAGACGAACUCGUGCACCGAGAUUAUCUACAUCACAUACCAGGAAGAUAUUCAGACAAAUGCAAGAUGUCAUCAAUCACAUUCAUUCUCUGCAACAAGAUAUAGAGAAAAUGGCUAACAACUGGGGGGUAAUCAGUGUUUCUUCAUUGAAGGAAAUGGGACUUACUGAUAAACAACUUGUAUCAUUUAUAGAUAAAAAGUCAGUCAGUGAUGAACUUUUCAUAGAAUGGUUGAAGGGAGAUGGAAAUGACAAUCCAGAUAAUGAAUUUCAGCAGGAGGAUGAUGAUGAUGAUGAUGAUGACAACAACAUUAAUGUAUUCCAUGAUGAAUACGAUCUGGUUAUACAAACUUUAAGCACAAUACAAUUAAAAUAUGCUCUUGAGCUAUCACAUCUUCAUGCACACAGUCAAUAUUGUCAAGAGCAGAUGGAGCGUUCUCGAGAUAACCAGGAGGAUUUCCUAAAGUAUCAGCAGCUGUGGCUGUAUAACACAGGCCUCUACAGGUUCUUCAAGAACCGCCUUACACAGGAUGUUAGUAUGGAUGGACAUCUUACUGAGAGAUUGACACGUGUUCACAACCUCUGGGACCUUAACAUAGAAGAACGUUGGUAUCUGUACAAAUAUUGGUGUCACUGUUUACACUCAACUCUCAUGAAGAGGGUGUGGCAGUUACAAGCACAAUACAAACAGUUGUGUAUGCAAUAUGAUGAAAUACGUGAUAUUGAGAAUCUCUGUAUAAUGAAACAUGCACUUGUUGUUGGCCUGACAACAUCUGGUGCUGCAAGGAAGCAGUCUUUGUUGCAGGAACUGAAACCACGAAUAGUAAUAGUUGAAGAAGCAGCAGAAGUGCUAGAGUCACAUGUUGUCAUUUCUUUAACAAAGGCCUGUGAACAUCUCAUUCUCAUAGGUGAUCACAAACAGCUGCGACCUUCAACUGCAGUCUUUGAGUUAGCAAAAAAUUUUAAUUUUGACAUUUCUUUGUUUGAACGGAUGCUUCAGAACGGAAUGCAAUAUGACUGUUUGGAAGUUCAGCACAGGAUGAGGCCGGAAAUAGCAAAUCUUAUCACUCCAAUGAUUUAUCCAACAUUAAAGAAUGCAACAUCUGUUUACCAAUAUGAGAAGGUGAAAGGGGUCACAAAAAACCUGUUUUUCAUCAACCACAGAUUUCAUGAAGAAGAGGUGUCUGAAAUAGUCAGCUGCCGAAAUUUGUUUGAAGCAGAAUUCCUAAUCGCUCUUUGCAGAUACCUUUUACUUCAAGGAUAUGAAGAAACUGAAAUUACCAUAUUGACAACUUACUCUGGGCAAAUGUUCUACUUGAGGAAACUGAGAAGGGAAUCUGGUGCACUACAAAACAUUCGAAUAACUGUUGUAGAUAACUUCCAAGGAGAAGAAAACAAAAUAAUUUUAUUGUCAUUGGUACGGAGCAAUGAGGAUGGCAAGAUUGGUUUCCUUAAAGUUGAAAACAGAGUAUGUGUAGCCCUCUCAAGAGCUAAAGAAGGCUUUUACAUAAUUGGUAACAUGGACACUCUAACUAAGAGCAGCCAAAUAUGGCCAAAAAUAAAUGAAACGCUCAUGAAACAAGAUGCAUUUGGCUCUCAUCUGACAUUAAAAUGUCAGGUACAUCCAACUGAGGAAACAAAGGUGGCCUCAGCAGCUGACUUUAAGGCUGUUCCUGAAGGAGGUUGCAGCCUUCCUUGCGAGGCAGAUCUUCAGUGUGGCCACAAAUGUCAGAGUGUGUGUCAUGUAAGGAACAGAUUCCAUGAAAAUUAUAAGUGCUACUUUCCUUGUGAAAGGAUUCCGCAGCAAUGUCCGUUGGGCCACAAGUGUCUUAAGAAAUGUUUCCAAGAUUGUGAAGAUUGUGAGAUGCCUAUGGAGAAGGUGCUUCCUUGUACACAUGUAAAGACCUUAGCUUGUCAUGUCAAUGCUAGUGAGUACCAAUGUCAGGAAGUAGUGGAAGCUGUACUGGAACCAUGUAGUCACAAAACUAAGAAACUUUGUUUUCAAGAUAUUCAAAAAGUGGAUUGUCCAUUUCCAUGUGAAGACAGGCUUGUUUGUGGACAUAGCUGUGUGAGAAAUUGCCAUGCAGGAGAUGAUCCAGACCAUCUUGAGUACAAAUGUAAUAAACCUUGUGAGAAAAACAAUGCUGGUUGCAAAAAAAAUCACAAGUGCUACAAGAAGUGUUAUGAGGAAUGUGGAGAAUGUGUUGUCGAAGUCAAAGUGCAACUAAGUUGUGGACAUACCCAUCAGAUACAUUGCAGUUCUGAUCCAUCAGAAGUGAAAUGUCGUAGGAACUGCAAGCGUACAAUGGAAUGUGGGCACAAAUGUCAUCUUCUCUGUUUUGAGCAGUGUGGAAAUUGUGCAGUUGAGGUACGAAAAGUUAUUCCAGACUGCGGACAUGAAGUUCUUGCAGAAUGUUCUAAAGAACCCACACGUAAUAUGUGUAGAAAGUCUUGCAAAAGACUUCUCCCAUGUGGACAUCAUUGUAAGAGCAAGUGCCGCAAUCCAUGCACUUCACAGUGUGAGGAACUUGUACACAGUCAUAUUAGACCAGUAUGUGGUCAUGCUGUUGAAAUUCCAUGUUAUCUGAGAAGCAAAGGAUUAUCACCAUACAGUGCCAAGUUGUUAUCAAGGUGUGAAAUGCCUUGUGGGAAAGUCCUGGAAUGUGAACACAAGUGUGCUGGGACUUGUGGUAAAUGCCAUCAAGGUCGUUUACAUUUGCCAUGCCAGGAAAAGUGUGGUCGUCUGCAAAUAUGUGGACACGGCUGCAAUGUUGAUUGUGCAAAAAGUUGCCCGCCUUGUAAGCAGAAGUGUGAAUAUCGAUGCAAGCAUUCACGUUGCAGUUUGAAAUGUGGUGUUCCUUGUACACCCUGUAGGGAACCAUGUGAAUGGCGCUGUAAACAUACCCGAUGCACAAAGCUUUGCUAUGAGCUUUGUAAUCGUUCUCCCUGUUAUGAACCCUGCGAGAAAAAGCUUAAAUGUGGCCAUGAUUGUGUUGGCUUCUGUGGUGAACCUUGCCCUCCUUUAUGUAGAAUUUGUAAUGAAGAAGAAUUAACAACAAUUUUCUUUGGCUCAGAAGAUGAAGAGGGUGCCAGAUUCGUGUAUCUGGAGGAUUGCAAACAUACUAUCGAGUCUAAGGCAUUGGAUGAGUGGUUGAAACAGCAAAACGUUGAAAUAAGUCUCAAAAGCUGCCCACUUUGUAAAACAUCAAUAAAGAGAACCUUGCGAUUCUUAAAUUAUUUGAAAAUUUCCUAUAUUGACAUCCAAAAUAUAAAGAAAAAAAUAUUUGGUAAUCUGGAAGAUAAUGAUGCAAAGAGGGAACAGCUGAAUACUGCAUUGAAAGGAAUAGUUGUUCCAGACAUAGUAAGACGAGGAAGUACUGAAAUACAGGAGAUGCUAACAUUACUGCAUUCUAACCUACAAAAUGUACGGAGGAAAAGACAAAUCUUCCUUUCAAAAACGGACCUUGACUCAUUAUCCAUUAAAGUAGAGUUUGUCUCAAAACUUCUCGAAACCAUGAACAUCUUUCAUAAAGCUUUGAAUGGAGAACCAUGUAAAAAACUUAUGAAGCAAUUUGACAGGCUGAUUUAUUUGAUGAGAACAAGGAAUACAAACAUGAGCCAACAGGAGGUAAAUGAUUUUAAUUUAGAAAUAAACAGAUUUAUGAGAGUAGCUCAGUUCCGUAGUAUUGAGAGCAGCGACAGUUUCAAAACAUCCCAAUCUGAUGGUGUUGUUAUGGAUUUACACAAGAAAGCUGUGCAAGAAGUAAAAUCUAUUGAAAGAUAUACACCUAUACAGGACCAGAAACUGAAAGAAGUUUUGGAAAAACUGAACAAACAGUUGAAGGUCAUCACUGGAGAUAUUGAAAGAAUAAGGAGAGAAGUUGUGAAAGCAGUAGGUGAACGAUCUGGUCACUGGUUCAAAUGCCAAAAUGGACAUUACUAUGUUAUUGGAAACUGUGGAGGAGCAGUACAUGAAGGAAGAUGUCCAGAUUGCAAAGCUACAAUUGGUGGUGUAGGCUAUCGGCUACAUACGGGCAAUCGUCAUGCUGGGGAACUUGAUGGGUCAGCACGUCCAGCUUAUCCUAAUAUGUGA